AUGCUCUCUGCCACCUCCGUGGCCCUGCGCGCCGGCGCCCGUCGAGCCGUCCGUCGAUCUGCCUCCAUUCUGCCCGCCACAGGCCCGACCCGAUGCCUCGCCGGUCGACAGAACAGCUUCGGCAUCGCUGCCAUGAGCCAGCAGCGACGCGCCUAUGCCGCCACGACGAACCCGAACCCUCCCCUCGGCAAGAAGAAUGCGACCAACGAAACCCCGUCUCGAAUUGGUCUGAUAGGCGCCCGAGGAUACACUGGUUCAGCUCUCGUUGAGCUCCUCAACGAGCACCCUUACAUGGACCUGCGACAUGUGUCGUCUCGCGAGCUGGCUGGCCAGGAACUCAAGGGAUAUACCAAGCGCAAGGUCAUCUACGAGACCCUGUCACCCGAGGACGUUGCCCGGCUGGACAAGGACGGCGAGGUAGACUGUUGGAUCAUGGCUCUUCCCAACGGCGUUUGCCAGCCUUACGUUGAGGCCCUGGACCAGGGCAAGAGCAAUAGCGUCAUUGUUGAUCUCUCCGCCGACUUUCGAUUCAACGAUACAUGGACCUAUGGCCUCCCCGAACUGGUAAAGCGCUCCAAGAUUGCGCAGUCGCGACGAAUCUCGAACCCCGGAUGCUACGCGACUGGUGCUCAGAUUGGACUCAGCGGAGCUCUCGACUUGAUUGAGGGUAUGCCCACCAUCUUCGGUGUCUCAGGCUACUCUGGAGCAGGAUCCAAGCCCAAUGCGAGGAACAAUGUGGAAGUGCUCAAGAACGCGAUCAUCCCUUACUCCUUGACCUCGCACGUCCACGAACGUGAGAUUUCUCACCACCUGAACCACGAGGUUGCCUUUGUGCCCCACGUUGCCGGAUGGUUCCGGGGCAUCACGUUGACUCUGAACAUCCCCCUUCGCAAGGAGGUGACUUCACGAGACAUCCGCCAGAUCUACCAGGACCGCUACGCGGGUGAGAAGCUCAUCAAGGUCGUGGGUGAGCCGCCCCUGGUGAGCUCCAUCAUGGGACGCCAUGGAGUGGAGAUUGGAGGCUUUGCCGUCGACAGCACCGGAAAGCGCGUGGUCGUUAUCGUCACCAUCGACAACCUCGCCAAGGGUGCUUCAACCCAGUGUUUGCAAAACAUGAACCUUGCUCUUGGCUAUGCAGAGUAUGAGGGAAUUCCCGUUAUGUAA